AGUUUCUCUGCCACAAUGGAAAUUCAAUCAGGAAAUGGAGAGGAGGCGGCGAGCUCGACCUCCGUCUUGUUUUUCUGUGGCCCCUCCAGGCCGCAGGUAGCGGCAUCAGACGAGCCGGCGCUCCGGGAGGACCCGCGGGCGGCGAAGAGGGUCGAGAGGUUCGACAUUCAGCUGGACAGCCUGAGGAGGAUGUUUGAGAAGCCGUCUGCAGCGACGACUGAAGUGGCGGCCACUCCCCUUGCCAAAAAAGUGACAUCCAGUAGCUCCGCUCAGGCCGUCCAGUCAACACAUCAAAGCAUGGCCUCCCCCCAGGAUGCCCCUCAUUGUGCGAGUAGGUCCAGCUCCGGACGUUCCGAGGAGAGGGCCGAGAACCAGGAGGCCGAGCCGGUGUCGGUGAAGGAGCGGCUGGCGAUGUAUCAGGCCGCCGUGUCCGGCAAGGAAAGCGGCAGCUCCUCCUCUGCAGCGGUAAUGGACGAGUCUGAGGCUUGCUCAGUGCCUGGUGGUCUGGCCACUGUGAAGAGGCAGUUUGAGAGCCACGAGUUCUCCUCUUCGUCCUCCCAGUCCACCGUCACCCAGUUUCAUGUUCAGAAGAGAUCGGUCCAGGAAAUGUCAAGUUCCUCAGAGGUGAUGGUGAAAAGCAGCGCCAGAGAGACGAUUCCAGCAACGAGCCUUUCUCGACACGAGGUGAUCCAUGAUCAUGGAGUCCACCAUAACAAUGUGGCCGCCGGUUAUGGGAACCAUUACAACGAAACAGUUACGCUUGUCGACGGAGAGGACCUACCAAAGGUUUCCACUCAGGCUUUGAAGCAACAGUAUGAAAAAACGAUCGAGGAAGCCGCACCAGCGAAGGAAAUUAAGGUUGACGUUGAUUUCAACCAGUUUCAGUGGGCGCCAGUAAACCAGUCAUCCAGAACUUCAACUGUAACAAGUUAUGACUCAUCUUCCACUGUAAAAACUGCUUCUGCGAUCGCAUCAACAUCAUCUGUGGCUUAUGAGACAGAACAAUUCCCUCCCCCACCCGCAAACCUGAUGCAGGUAACACAAGACCAUAGCGUCACUUCCCAGUCCCAAGAGAAAGGCUCCCAACAAAAGUUUACUCUUGACAAGAAACAGUACUUCAAACACAAGAGCAUGGCUGAGCUGAAACGCCUCUACAAGCACAUACAUCCGGAAGUGCGCAAGAACCUUGAGGAAGACUUCAUGAGUCAGCUAACAGAGUCGGAAAAGGCUGCGCUGGAAAGCCAGGAAACUGUGGGUGAUGUCCAGCAGACAUGCUAUAUGUUUGAAAAUGACGGCAGCAGCAGCGAAUGCUCAAGCCCCGACAGAGAAUACAUGGAGUGGGAAGAAAUCCUCAAAGGGGAAGUGCAGUCAAUGCGCUGGAUGUUCGAAAACAAGCCGCUUGACACGAUCAAAGAUGACUCUCCGGACGAAAGUGAGGGGAAGAAUAUCGGCCAGCAGGAAAUCAUAGCAGGCAAAGAUGUCAGAUACACAGCUUGGAUGUUUGAGACUCAACCCAUGGACGCUCUUGGGGCAGAGACUGCAGAUGCAACCCAGGAGUCGCAGAAACAGACGGAUCUCGCACGAGGGGAUGUCCGCACCGCAACCUGGCUUUUUGAAACUCAGCCACUUGAUUGCCUGAACAGGAUCUACCAAGAGGAGCAGGAGAGCGAGGGGGUUGUCACCAAAGACAUCACUGGCGGAGAUGUGAAAACGGCCAGGUACCUCUUUGAGACCCAGCACCUGGAUUCUCUGGGUAAAACGGAAACUAUUGAGGAGAGCCACUUCCUGAAUCUGAAGUCUGAGCUCGAAGAGACAAAGGGGGAUGUGAAGACAACCACUUGUAUGUUUGAGACACAGCCUAUGUGCGUCAUCAGGGGAGAUUCUGGUGAAAUGCUGGAAAUUACAACCAUCCGUCGGGAAGAGACUGAGAAAGGAGAUGUGACGACAUCGCGGUGGAUGUUUGAAACCCAGCCUCUGGAUAUGAUCAACAGAGAUCCGGCAAAAGUAAAGCUGAUAUGUGGUAUUUCCAUGGAGGACAACGUUCAAGGUGGCGUGAACAAAGGCAGGUGGCUUUUUGAAACAAAGACUCUUGACACCAUUAAGGAUGAGGAAUGGGAGACUUCCCGAAAUGAGAAGGAACAAAUAAUCGGAGCAGAUGUCAAAAGACACUGUCUAGUUUUUGAGACUCAGCCUAUGGAUACACUGAAAGAUGAUGCCAAUGCCCGACCUUUGACCCCAGAGGAGAUUGUAGGAGGAGAUGUUCAGUCAACCAAACAUCGAUUUGAAACGGUACCCAUGGAAAAUUUAAAAGAGCUCUCAGAAGUGGGAAAACUUAAGAAAGUGAUUGCCUCUGAGGAAGAGAAGGGUGACGUGAGACAUCAGAAAUGGGUCUUUGAAAGCCAGCCGCUGGAGAGCAUACGGGAGGAAAAGAAGGAGAUUACAAGAACAGUGAACAUCGAAGCCCUUGACAAAGGAGACGUCACAAACUACAAAGAGAGAUUUGAAACCUUAGAUUUAAGUAAGUGUGAAGGGACACAGAAAAUCCAAGUAGAAGGCCUCCCAAGUGGAUCUGUUAGGUCCAACAGAGUGCUGUUUGAAUCCACUCCAAUGUAUGCUAUGCAGGACAGCUCGGGUCACUACCAUGAGGUGAAGACCGUGAGGCGCGAGGAAAUUGUGAAGGGAGAUGUGCGCAGCUGUAGGUGGAUGUUUGAAACGCGUCCAAUUGAUGAGUUUGAUGAAAGCCUCAAUAAGUUCCAGAUCAUAAAAGGGAUUUCCAAGCAGGAGAUUGAGUCUGGGGAUGUCAAAACAGCCAAGUGGUUGUUUGAAACACAGCCACUCGACACUAUCAAGUUUUUCAGUAAUUUUGAGGAUGAAGAACAUAAGACUAAGGAAGACGUCGUCAUUGAAAAAGGGGAUGUUAAAACUUGCAGGUGGCUAUUUGAGACCCAACCAAUGGAUGCUCUGUAUGAAAAAGUGGAAAAGAGUGAGGCGGACAUGCAGGAAGUGCCAAAAGGUGACGUGAAAACAUGCACUUGGCUGUUUGAAACCCAGACACUCGACAACAUUCGUGACCACUCAGAGUCAGAAACUGAGACGAUUCUAAAGACCUGCACUGUAAAGCAAGAGGACAUUCAAGGGAAGGACGUGCACAUGGCUCGCUUCCUGUUUGAAACAGAGAACCUGGAAAACAUCAUGGGUGAGGACAGCAGUUCUUUCAGGAGGGUCACAGAGAUCAACAUCCAGUCUGGUGACGUUUCCAGGAUGAAAUACAUCUUCGAGAAUCGCUCCACUGAUAUUAUGAGCUCUACGUCAGAAGAAACGAUGCUGAAGCUGAAGAAGCAACAGGCUGAGGAUAUCCAACGAGGAAACGUGGUUAACUGUACCUGGAUGUUUGAAAACCAGUCAAUAGACGCGAUCUGUGACGACAGCACCAAGGCGAGGGAGAUCCGCACCAUAACUGACGUUCAGGGAGGUGACGUGGACAAGGGCCGCUUUAUUUUUGAGACAUACUCUCUGGAUCAAAUCAAAGAUGAGUCCACCGAGACAAAUAUUUCAAAAUUCACUAAUAUCUUUGGAGAUGAGAUCGUAAAAGGAGAUGUGAAAAAUUACACAAUGAUGUUUGAAACUCAGCCGCUGUAUGCCAUCCGUGAUAAGGAGGGCCAUUAUCAUGAAGUGACAACUGUAACAAAAGAAGAAAUCAUGACAGGAGAUGUGGUGGGGGCUCGAUGGCUGUUUGAGACAAAACCCCUGGAUUCAAUCAGAGAUUCAGAGGAGGUCUAUGUCAUUAAAGCUGUGACUGAGGAAGGCAUUAAUAAGGGAGACGUUAGCUCUGCUAGGUGGAAAUUUGAAACACAACCUCUAGACGAAAUCACAGAGGAAAUAAAAGUAAGGUCAAAAACAGUCGCAGAUAUCCAAGGGGGUGAUGUAAAGACAAACAAACAGCUAUUUGAGACGGAUGAGAUGUCUCAAAAGUACGUCAGAACAGUUAGUGUGAGUGAAAUUCAGAAAGGCGACGUCAGAUCUGCAACAUGGAUGUUUGAAACCCGCACAAUCGACGAGAUCCGCGGCGAAAGUGAAGAGUACGAUGCAAUGGAGAGAGUGACAAAGGAGGAAGUGAUGAAAGGGGAUGUUAAAGAGUCUGUGUGGCUCUUUGAGAGGCACCCCCUAGACCGAAUCAAAGAGACUGAUGGUACAGAGCCUGCUGUGAUAAAGGAGGAAAUCCCACAGGCAGAUGUGAAGACGACUACAUGGCUGUUUGAAACCACUCCAUUCCAUGAAUUCAACGAAAGCAGUGUGGAGAGGACGGAAAUAAUCGGUAAGAGUAUAAAGGAGACACUUGAGGAACUUUACUGUCAGAAAAUGGUGAACUCCCAGGGUAUCCUCAUUGAAGCAGAUGAAAUUGGUGACGUCCGCAUGGCCAAGUACAAGCUCAUGAACCAGGAGGUUCCACAAAUCCAAAAGGAGGAGGUCCUUAGAGGAGAUCUGAGCAAUAUAAUGAUGAACCUACUGAAUCGCACAGAGACACAGAGGGUCAUAACUAUUGAUAAAGAGGAGCGAGGAGACAUCAACACCACCGUCAAACAGCUGUUUAACCAGGAGAAGGGCACAAGUGUUCAGAAAGAGGUAGUCAUUCGAGGUGAUAUUCAAGAGGCAAUAAACAACCUGCUCAAGACUGAAGGCUCCUCCAAGCGUGGCAUUCUGAUACAAGAAGAUGAAAAAGGAGAUGUUAAGAUGACGAUCUAUUCUCUACUAAAUAAGGAGCAACGUACAAGUAUUGGGAAAGAGGAUAUAAUUCAAGGUAAUGUCAGCAAAACUCUUCACCGUCUUCUGUCCAACUCAGGCGAAGAGGACUCUAAAAAGAUACGGAUUGGAGAAACUGAAAGGGGUAAUGUCAGCUUUUACACCACCUGCAUUGAGUCUGGAGCCUUGGACUACCUCAAACAGCUUAAGUCUGAAUCUGAUGAGGUUCACGAAGAGGUGCAGAAGGAGAGUAUCAUUGGUGGCGACAUCGAAGAGACCAAACUCUUGUUGCGGAGGAAUCAGCAGCAGAUAGGCCGCACAGUGGCAGAAGAUGACAUAGUUCCAGGUGAUGUUCACAGCACUGUUAAAGUAUUCAUGACAGAGCCCACUGUUUCCUACAAAAAUCUAGAGAAGGACAUAGUUAAAGGUGAUCUUACUGCAGCCCUCGAUUCGUUGACCCAAGCCAUCAAUCAGAAAGUGAUUGUAGAGAAAGAGGAGGUGGUCAAGGGGGAUAUUCCCAACACUUUGAAAUCUCUUGAGGAGGCCAGGAGACAAGCCAAGGAAAUGGAAAAGCCUGAAAUCAUUAAGGGUGACAUAAGAGGUGCUCUUGAAUCACUGGAGAAAUCUGCGACCUCCAAAACAGAAGCAACAGUCGACGAUUUAGUCCCUGGCAAUAUCAAAGGGACCCUGAAAUGCCUAGAGGAGGCUAAGCAAGCUGUCAAAGAGCUGGAAAAAGAGGAGAUUGUCAAAGGAGACAUUUACACGGCCAUGCAAAAUUUGAACGAGGCAACAAGCGAGAAAAAGUCCUACCAGCACCAAGUGAGCGAACAAGGGGAUGUUAAAGCCACCAUCCAGCUUCUGCUUGAGCCUACCACCUCUCCAAAAAUGCAACGCAGAGGGAGCAUUGAAGGGGAUGUGAGAACAUCCAUAAAAUCUCUUUACGAAGGCCAGGAGAUGACGCAAGUGGAAAAAGAAGAGGUCGUUAAAGGUGACGUUAAGGGGGCAAUAAAGUCUCUGUUGCAAAGAAAACAGUAUUCAAACAAGAAGCGCACACAUCCUCCCAAGAAAGCAAAAGUGUCCGUGAAAAAUCCAUCAAGUGUAAAGCAAGUGGAGCAUGAAAGCUCACAUGAAGCCAUGAGUGAGAAUGUAGCACUCACUCCAACCCCCACUGUGAAAAACCUCUCUCAGAGCAGUGAGUCACAGAGGCACACACAGAGGCACCAUGAAAGCAAAUCGCUGAAAACGCAGGUAAUAACCCAAGAGGACCACUCUGAUGCUGUAGUCAAAACAGACAAUCCUGCUGGGGCCUCUCAUCAGAAGAGCACAAAAGAGCAGAAAGACAAAGUGCUGCCCCCACACAAAAUACAAGCUCCUAAGCCUAUUAUGAUAAAGAAUACACAGAAGACUAUUAAUGAUCAAACAGAGAAUAAAGCUGCGGGUGUGACUUUGAUGAAAGAGGUGCAAAACACAACGCAGAUGAAUAUUUCAAAUAGGCAAACGUGCGAGACAAAAACAAUCAAACAGGUGCAGACUUCAGUGACCGAGAAGAGCGUCAUGCAUAAACAAAAUGUGGUAGUCUCAGAGCAAAUUUCACAAAAGCAAAUGGAGAGCAAGGCUCUAGGACAAAAGCAGCUUUUCAAAAAUCUGAAGAGUGAUCACUGUAACCUGGAUAUGAAAGGGAGAGGAGUUGUCAAAAAGUCAAAGCCGGAGAUUCACUUCCCUCCUCCUCCCGCCUCACCACCGCCACCCUCAGAGUCUGAGCUCUCCCUCCCUCCGCCGCCAUCGCCAGUUACUGAGAGCUCAGCAUCGCCCAGUUCCUGGCCUCAUCUCAUGAGGCAGGACAGUGACCUGCCACCUCCACCCCCUCCACCCCCUGUGGAAUGCAUGAAGUCUGAGCCAGAGUAUUUUCCUCCACCUCCUCCUCCACCAGCUCCAUCCUCCGCAGGAGGACACGAUUUUCUUCCUCCACCUCCAUCACAGCAAGAGCUUAACGAAAUGCCUCAACUUCCUCCUCCAAAGCAAGGGAAGCCUAUUGGAAAGCCUUUAUUUAAAGUCCCCAAGCAACCAGAACCACAGAAGCAGCCCAUCCAAGUUAAACCCAAGUGGCAGAAAAAACAACCAACCCCUCCACCACCUCCACCCCAACUUCCUCCUGUUCAAGAGACAGCAGUGUCGACCGUCCAUAAAGAGGAGGUUAAAGUUCAAGAGGUGAAACAGGAAGCAAUCCAACAGACUGAAGCAAGGAGUCAGUCUAAAACAGCUGCGGUUUCGUCAACAAGAAUUUCAAGCAUUCCUGUUGUAAAACCAGAGCAGAAACAAAGUCCACAGCCUCCCAAAAAAGUGUUCGUCCCCCCCAUCAAACUGCCUCCACCUCCAGACCCUGCUCCAGCCCCAAAGGACCGGCCAUACGCUAGAAAAUUUAUAACCCCUCUCAUGCUUGCAGAGGAAAGGUAUCGCCAGCAAAGGCAAGAGGAAGAGGAAAAGAUCAAAGUCUUGACUCCAACUUCACCGCAAAUUAAUAUACAAUCCUCAGCUCCCAGUGCAGAACUCUUUGCAGCAGACGGCGCUAAAAGAGAAGCGGCUUUGGAAGUCGCAAAAGCCAAGAGUGAGGAAGAAAUAAAGGCACAAGACUCACCUGCCAAGAAAACCCCUUCCCAAAUCCCUUUGAGCAAAGCGUCAAUCUCAGUAAUAAAUAAAAAGUCAGCCCUUGCAUCUUCAAAUGUGUCCUUAGAUAAAAAGCAAGUUUCCAGCACUGAGGCCAGUGAAAAAGCCCUCACGUCAACCAAUACCUCUGUGUCUCAGUCUCAUCACGAGGCCUCAGAAAAAGAAAUCCAGUCAUGCUCAAACGCGGUUGCCGUCUCAGUCACUGAGCAGCAGCAGUUUAUCAAGAAAUCUAGCACCAGGUCUAGCAUUGCCACACAGAGCGCUGUCCGGGAUAAUGUAAAUCUGCAAAGCCAGGCUGCGGUCACAUUGAGAACAGAGGAUGUAAAGAAUAUGAAUGUGCCUCUGACACAGGAGGGAAAAACGAGUCCCUCUCAGCCAACUAAAAUUCCAAAGGUAGCUCCGAGUUUCAAAGUAAAAACGUUGAAAAUGCCAACAGAGAAGACAGAAGAGAAGUCUGACAGUUUGGGGCAAAAGGAAAUAAUGAAAAGUGAAACUCAUUCACAAACAGAGAAAAGUCAGGCGUCACAGAGAGUUGAAUCGAAAGUGCAUUUGGAAAGUGACCAGCUUACCUCAGCAAGAACUGAGGUGAAAAUAAAAGCGAAAGAAAAUAAAAAACAGUUGCCGACACCCGCGAGGGAGAUUGAAGCGAAGGCUCACGCAAAGGAGAGAAAGCAGGUGGCAAAAAAUGAGACUGAAGUAAAGUUGUCGCCAUCGGUUACUGUUUCAGCACCUGUGGCUAUGGUAACAUCUGUGCCAACCCAUCAAGGACAAAACCUUGUGUCUGUCUCCCAUAGCCAGCAGAGCGUGAAGACAGAGCACAUUCAGAGACACAAGGAGGUUAUUGUGACUGAGAGGGUGGUUCAGCAGGAUCUACAAAAGCAGGAGGUCGUUCGCGCGCAACAGCAAACCAAGCUUCAAGCCACAGAAACAACUAAAAUGCAACUGAAGGCAGGAAAGUCAAAAGAUGAGUCAAAGGAAGUGUUGGCGAAAACUACGAGUAAAGCAUCUCACAAAAGUGACGCUCAGUCUAAAGAGAUCGCAGAUUCAGAGAAGUGCAGUGUGAUCCAGAAGCUGGUCGGCAGGAUAAAAGAACUCGAGGGCACGCCAAGCAAACUAGAUUCCAACUCUGUCAGGACAGUUAUAGAUGAGGUUCCUGAAUGGGUAAUGGGCUCAGAUGAAAAAAAGAAUUUCAGUGAACUUGCUAAACAGCAAAGCAAGAAAAAGCUGAGAGAGAUGAUGGCUUAUGUGAAGCACAUUAUUCAGACAAAAUUUGCAGUUUUGGAGACAAACCUCACAACAGUGGAAAAGGAAGUGAAGGAAGAAAUAGAACCACCUGUUCCUUCGCCGGUGCCUCCCACUGUGCCUCCGAAACCAGACGUGAAGGUCUUCAGUAGGGCAACUGCAAAGGUGUCGAAGGCCAGCAGCGGUUCGUUCAAGACAGAAAAGAAGGUGGUGGAAGAGAAGAGGUCAUUUCAGGAGAGCAGAGUCCAUCAGGACCUGAGUGAAGUGACCGAUCAGAGAAUUUCCUCCCCCUUAGCGAGCAUUCGUACACCAUCCCCUACUUUUAUUACAAUUGAAUCAAGAAGAGUGGAUUCUCCGUUUGGAGUGACACCUUCUCCUCCCCCCUACAAGUCAGUUGGAACACCACCGACCCCUCCUCGCAGAACGUAUACUCCUACGUCUACUUUCAGCAGGGCCACACCAUCUCCCACUCUUAGCCGCUCUGAAAAGCUAAUGAAAUUGAGGGAUACCACCUCAAAACUUUCGCGUGGAAUGACACCACCCUCCCCUGUGCCCUUACCGGAGUAUUUUGCCGUUGAAAGAGAGCGCACGCCGUCGCUUAGCGACACGGAGACCGUUGUUGACAGAAGCGAGCUAGGAGCGGUGGACAUUACAGAGAUGGUGGAUUCCAUGAUGACGGUUAAGGACAAAAAGUCUUUCUUUGAGGAGGCGCAAAAGGCUGAAGUGAAUAAGAUGUAUGCCAGGAAGGAUCCCAUUGACAUCCCUGAACGUUUGGGACCUGAUACGGAGGACACCACUGAGACCGUGGCCUUGGACCUUAUGAAAGAAGAUCUCCCAAGGGUUGAUUUAUCAAAGCUGGUGAACAGAUUUGAGUCUCCCCAACCCAAAGUUUACUCAAGAAAGGAUCCCAUUGUCAUAUCCGAGAGACUGGGGAGUGAUACUGAGGAUACAGAAGCCGAAGCGCAUACUCCAAGAACUGAAGACAUCCCUGUUUUCAAUGUCAAAGCAAUAAAGGACGUGUUUGAGACAGGAGAGCAUGGUUCCCAAGCAGCCCGAGUGCUUAGAGAACAGAUAGAACGGCGAGAACCUGAACCCAUUGGUCACACGGAAACAACUUCGCUCACUGAGCACAUUUGCAGUGUCGACGACUUCGGUAACGUGUCACAAGAGACAAGGAGUGAGAUGCAUUCUGGGAGUUUGCUGACCCGUGGUAGCCCUCCAUCCUAUGCCGAUGUAGUGAGGGGUAGAGUUCCAACUGUCUCUGUCCCGCCCGAAGCCUCCACGGAGGAAAUGCUGAAAAGUUUCCAGCAGUCAUGGGCGGAGAGCCAAGGAGUUUUCCAGAACCUGGGUUUUAGUGUCACGGAGCAGAGGACUUCCCAGACUAUAACACACCAGCAGGAGACCUUUGUGACGGAAAACUCGAAUUCCAGAGUCCGAACUGUGCAGGGUGUGUCGGAAGAGGGUGUACCCCAUGGAAUCCCUGAUCGCAGACAAACAAAACUUCCAUAAAAGCUGCUUUCGCUGUGAGCACUGCAAGGGCAAACUAAGCCUCGGCAACUACGCCUCUCUCCAUGGACAGAUGUACUGCAAGCCACACUACAAGCAACUAUUCAAGUCCAAAGGAAAUUAUGAUGAAGGAUUUGGACAAAAGCCACACAGAG